AUUUGAGCCCAUUUUUUAUUAUUGACAUGGAGGGAGAAUCCAAGCUGCCGGCGAGAUCAUUUUCACGCAGUCGAUCAAGAUCACCUUCAAUUGGUCGACGAUCAUUUUCGCCUCGAGCCAAGGAUCGUUCUCCUCCUGCACGCUACCCUUACCGACGAUCUCGUAGUCCUCGCUCUCACUCUCCUCGCCGUAGCCGAUUUUCGUCGCGUUCAAGAAGUAGGUCGCCAUACCACUAUCGAUCUCGAAGUCCACCGCGCAGGCGUCGUGGCUCCAGAUCGACAUCGCGCAGCCCACGCAUUCCUCAAAGAGAAUGUCGGGUCUAUGUUGGAAAUUUACCCUACGAAGCCAGACGUCGCGAUCUUUGGGACUUGAUGAGCGAAGCUGGAGAAGUGGUCGAAGCUAAUAUCAUGUUGACUGGGUCUGGAAAAUCCAAGGGCUGCGGUGUUGUAGAAUAUCGAUUCCCUGAGGACGCCCAAAGAGCCAUUCGCACGCUCCACAACGCCGUAUUUAUGGGUAGACCAGUCCUAGUCCGCGAGGAUCGAGAAGAACCUGGAAAGGACCCUAGACAAGCUGGGGACGGAUGUCAACUAUUUGUAGGAAAUCUUCCCUACUCUGCAAGUUGGCAAGAUAUGAAAGACUUGUUUAGAAAAGCAGGUCGAGUUACGCACACAGACGUCUUUCAGGAUCCAAGUACAAGACGAUCCAGAGGACAAGGAGUUGUUAUAUAUGGCGAUGCUCGUGAUGCACAGAAAGCAAUCGAAAAAUUUGAUGGAUACGAAUGGCAAGGUAGAAGAUUGGAAGUCAGAGAGGAUCGAUAUGUUACUUCAAGUCGCCCACCUCCUCCACACCCACCCUCUGGAGGUGAUGGCUAUCGUUCUAGUGGAGGAUCUCACUAUGGAGGCAGUGGUGCCGGCAGCGGCGCUGGCGCCGGCGGAGGUGCAGGAAGCGGCGGAGGAUACGAAGCCCAUCCUCUCCCAACUCCCUAUAGCAAUGUACAUCAAGCUCCGGCUGCUCCACCAUAUGUACCACCAGAACGACCACCCUAUCAUCAUGCUAUGGUUCCUCCUCCUAUGCCACCCAUACCUAACCCUAAUGUAGGUGGUCCUCGAGCAGAAUUGCCCAGAAGCGGAGAAAACCAGAUACAUGUUGGAAACCUUCCAUUUUCAACAACUUGGCAAGACCUUAUUGAUCUGUUCCGCCACAGCGGACCUGUUGUUCGAGCUGAGACAUUGAUGAGUGCUGGUCGACCUAAAGGGGCCGGUCUUGUUCGAUUCGAGGAUUAUCAAGCGUGUGAAAGAGCUAUAGCCAAGUUCCAUGGAUACAUGUAUGGAGGUCGAGCAUUAGAUGUCCGCAUGGAUCACGUAGCUCCAGCGAACAACGGUGUUGGUGGAGGAGGUAACUGGUAUUAAAAAUAAUUGCGCGACGUUUUUUUUUGAAAAGAAGGCAAUAAAUUGAGAAAAAGGGAAUAAGAAAAAAAAAAACCCACCCAAACCCAAAAACUCCACCUAGU